AUGUGGGGAGCUGACUACGGAGAGGAGUACUAUGAGGAUUACGAUGCCCAAGGAGAGGGCUACGGCCAGGAGUGGGGCUCCGAGGCUGGGCAGCCGGGCGCACUCAGCACCUUCUCCGAGCACGUCCUGGGCGGCGAGGGGGUCGUUUGCCUGGAUUUCGACGCCACGCAGGAGGUGCUCUGGGUGGGUUUGGACGCGGGAACGAUCUGUUCUCUGGUCUGCCCGAGCCUCACCCCGUACGCAUGGUGGCGGGCACACCGCAACGCGGUGCUGGCGAUCGCCCCCGCCGCGGGGCAGUGCCUGUCCGUCUCGCAGGAGAUGUUCCGCCUCAGCACGAUCGGCGGAGUCGCUCGCCUGUCGUUCCGGAGGUCCGAGGAGGACCUGACCGCGUGCGCCAUCGACCACACCACCCUUGCCGCUUACAUCGGGCACACGCACGCGUCGGGCUCCCCCGGCUUCACGCGCGCGGACCUCGCGUCCGGCAUCAUCUCGGACCCCGUCCCGCCGGGCGACAUCACCGCCGCGGCCGGGUACGGCGGCGUGACGUGCAUGGCGACGUCGCCCACCUCGAACGCGCUCUUCGUCGGACUGGAGUCCGGCCACGUGCUGUGGAUCGACCCGAGGCGCGGCAUGGCUCCGGUGCACGUCACGCAGGCCCACCGCGGCCCGGUCACGUCCGUGGCGGUCCACAGAGGCGUGGUGGCCACCACUGGCGUCGUGGUCGGCAACGACGGGCGCAGCCGCGGGGCGGACCGCCACGCCAAGGUCUUCGACGUGCGGCGAGCGACCGGGAUGACGGAGUCGACGCCCGUGAUGAUGCCGAUGGGCGUCGCGCACAUCGCGCCCCACCCGCUUCUUUCAACAACGAUGCUGGCGACCAGCGCGGUCGGACUGGCGCUCCUCCUGGACGUACACGGCCACGCGUCGACGCCAAUCCAAGUGAACAUCGCGACCACGGGCGGCGAACUGACAUGCGGUGCGAUCGGGUCCGCAGGCGACGUGGUCGCGUUCGGGGACUCGGUGGGGGGAGUCCGGCUGCUGUCAGCCUCGGAGACCCCCCGCGUGAACGUGCACCCCGUCAUGCCGGAGCCCGCGUCGGCACCGCGGCUCGUCCCCGGCCGCGGCGAGCCCAUCCGGCUGCUCGACCCCGUCGACGUGGACCCGACGGACUACUGCAUGACGUCAGCGACGGGUCAGGAAGAGGGGAUGUAUUUGUCGGACCUCCCCCCCACCCUGACGAUGUCCGUCGGCAAGCCGCCGCGCGUCGUCCCGCCCGCCAUCGCGCAGGGCCUGCGCCCUGCGCCCGCGCUCGGCACAGGCGUCUCAGCGGCCCCGAACCCGCACUACGUGCGCGGACAGACGCGGGGGGAGGCGGCGCGCGCCGCACACCCACUGCUGAACGCACGCGCGGGGGCGAGUGAGCAGAGCCCGGCCGCAUCGCGGAGACGCUCUGGCCGGAUGUCAGGGAGCUCGGCCAGUGAGCGGCGGCGCAGCGGCGCCGAAGCCGGGGAGCUCGCAGCGCGGAUCCCGCCGCACUUCCGCCACGUCCUCGCGCGCCUGCCGUCCUCCGCGGCUCCGUUCGCCGAGUUCGACUUCCUCAAGUACAACAAGACGCGGUUCGCGGGGCUGGAGAACGACGCCCCCAACACGUACUGCAACGCUCUGCUGCAAGCGCUGAUCAACACGCCGGCGUUCGUCGCGCAGCUCCUUCGGCACGCCCCGGACCCGGACAACGAGUUCUCGCUGACGUGCGAGCUCUCGCUGCUCGUGCGCAUGGUCCGCGACUCGACCGCGGGCGCCCCGUGCCAGGCCGCGAACUUCUUGCGUGCGCUCGGGCAGAGCAAGGAGGCCGUCGGGCUCGGCCUGCUCGAGGCCGCGGACGCCGGCGUCACGAACCUGACGGCGAACAAAACGAACGUCGAGCGGGAGGCGUCCAAGGACAAGAACCUGCUGCGGCGCUCUCAAACGCUCAGCAGAUUCGUGCUGGAGCAGGUCCACAACGAGGGCACGCUCGCGGGCGGGGGAGUGAAACGGGUGUUUGGGGUGCCCUGGGUUGAGCGCCUGCAGUGCCUGCGCGACCAGUCCCAGGAGCGCGUCAAGCGCACGGUGUCGUUCCAGAUCGACCUGAUAUACCCGCCGCAGGAGCGCGGCCAGGGCGGCCCGGGUCCCGCCGCGAAACCGCGGGCGCAAUUCAGCGACGUGCUGCGGCACUCGCUGAUGCGCGAGGCGACGAUGCGCGCCUGGUUCAACGACGAGCUGAAGUACCAGCCCGUCAGGCAGACGCGGACGCCGACCAGCCUCCCCGAGGUGCUGGUCAUCGGGACGUCCUUGCACCAGGAGAAGUGCCUUCAUUUCUGGGAGGACGUGGUCACGAACGGCGACGACGUCGACGGUGAGAAGAAGCCCUGGCUGCCGCCGAUCAUCGACAUCGACCUCGAGGCCCCCGGCAGGCCCCUCGCCGUGCGGCAGGCGGAAACAUGGGACGGUCUGCUGGCGGCGCGGGAGGCCGCGAAAGCCGCGGCGACGGGCGACGCCCCCGGUUCGCGCGCGUACAUCCUCACCGCGGUCGUCUCGCGCGUGGGCGCAUCUUCGGUGGUGGACGGAAACGACGAUGCGGGGGGGCACCUCGUGUCGCACGUUCGCCUGCAUCGGAUGCACCUGGACGCCGUGGGCGCGAACGGCGCCGAAGGAGCCCCGCCGCCGAGCCCUGCCCCGCCGACGCCGGGGCUGUCGCCGCUGCCGACCGGGUGGCGGCCGAGCUGGGGGGCGGGAACUGCAGCAUCCCCCCCACCUGGCGCAGCGGGAUCCAAGGCGACGCAGGUGGGGGACUCCCCCGCUGUUGGCCAGACAGCGGCCGCGCAGGGGGCUGAGCAGGAGGUCUCGCCGCGGGAGGGCGACUGGCUGCUGCUGAACGACUUCCUGGUGUGCCCCUCGCACGAGGCCGAGGCUCGCGCGUUCAUCCCGGGGGGUGUCAAGACCCCCUCUCUGGUGUUCUACUCGCGAGUCGAGGAGCCCGAGGUGGAGCGCCAGCCCGGCAACCCCGUUUCGCCGGUCUCCGUGGUCGCCGCGAAGGACAGCAUCCAGCCGGUCCCUGUCCUGACCCCGCAAGGCUACGCCAAGCUCGCAAGAGACCCCCCCCUCAACCUCGGCAGCGACAAGUUGUUCCCCUACAAGUUCGAGCCGCUCGACAUGUCCACCGAGGCCCCGCGGCCGGGGAUGCUCGUCGCGGUCGACGCGGAAUUCGUCGAGUUUGCGCCCGCCGAGCGCACGUUCAAGGGCGGCCAGGAGGUCGUCCUGCGCCCGCCCCGCCUCGGCCUGGCGCGUGUGUCUGUCAUUCGCGGCGAACCGGGCCCGCUGCGCGCCAAGGCGUUCCAGGACGACCACGUGCGGUCGCCGGAGCCCGUGUGGGACCACCUGACGCGGUGGUCGGGCGUCCAGCCGGGGGACUUGAGCCCAGAGACCUCCCCCCACUACCUGACCACCCUGCGCAAGGCCUACGUCAAGCUGCGGUACCUGGUCGACGCCGGGUGCGUGUUCAUCGGGCACGGGCUGCGCAAGGACUUCCGCAUGCUCAACCUGGUGGUGAAGCCCAGCCAGGUGAUCGACACCGUCGACCUGUUCCACUUCAAGCGGCAGCGCAAACUCAGUCUCCGAUUCCUGACUGGGUUCCUCCUCGGACUGGACAUCCAGCGGGAGGUGCACGACUCGAUCGAGGACGCGCGGUCCGCGCUCCUGCUCUACGACAAGUACAAGGAGUUGGUCGCGGAGGGGACACUCGAGGAAACCCUUCUGGAAAUGUACCGCUGGGGCAAGGUGCACGGGUGGGGUCCGGUGGCGUGGCAGGACGGCGUGCGCGUGCCCACGGAAGCUGGCGGCAAGCCCUGA